AUGAAAACAACGACGCCUCCAGUAGCCUUAUUCCAACGCAAUGGACGAAAGGCGUGGACCAUCGUGCAAGGACUCCAGAAGCAAUUUGACAGCGACAGGAUCUUGAGGGUGUUGAAGAAGCAAUUGGCAUGCAAUGGCAAGCUUGUCGAUGACGGACUUGGGCAAGUGGUUCAGCUGUCGGGUGAUCAACGUGCGAAGGUUGCUGAGUUCUUGAUCAAGGAAGGCAUUGCCAACAAAGAGGACAUCCACAUUCACGGGUUUUAG